AGUCAGUUGUCGUAAAGCUUAUCUUGCUUCAGCUUCCGAAGACACUCCAUAUAUACGGGGUUAAGUAGACUUAUUUCAAAGCUCUUUGCAAAAACGGUCGGCGGCUUGUUCAUAAUGCGAAGUUCAUAAAUUGGUGUGAGCAGGAAGCGAAGACUUCAGCUCGAUCGUUUGUACGCAAUGCGAACAGUGCCGAUGGUAGGCCUCUGGAACACGAUAAAAUGCUCUCCCAAAGUAUAUUUCUUGGAUAGUCUGUGAUUAUAAGAUCCACCAUGACUGCGAUUCGUUUUGUGGGGUCCGCUCUUUUCCUCACGGCCUUUCUUGCUGUAUGUGCUCAUUCGCAAGCUGAUUAUGGCGUCGACUGUUCUUUCCCCAUCCACAGCAAAGAGUUCAACUGCGGAAAUCUUCUCGGCGACCGGAAGCAAAUCUACGAAGAUUUUAUGGAAGGUUGCAGAAAGCGCUAUAGUACGAGAGCAUCUCGCUGUGACUCAACUGAAGACGAUCGGAUCGAGAUGAGUUUGCGACAACCUCAAUCAAUGGUGAACUAUACGGAGACGGGCUUCAAAAAGAUACGCGCCCCAAAUAGCGUGAUGGACCUUCUAAAUGCUCACUGGAAGCGAAAUCGAGAUGGAUUGUACGAUCGUGAAGAGAUCUGGCCUGCCGGAAGCAUUUACGUGAACCAUUGGGAAAGCCCAACAUAUAUGUCGGCCGUGGAAGACACCAAUACUCGCGGAGGUGGAUAUGCAUUGAAAAAGGCCGUUUGGGAUGCUGUCAAACCUGUUGUUGAAGCAUGGACUGGUAUGGAACAAAAGCCAAUCAGUAUGUACGGUAUCCGUGCAUACACUGAGGGUGCCAUCCUAAGCCCGCACGUAGACCGCCUGCCAUUGGUUAGCUCCUGUAUCAUCAAUGUGGACCAAGAUGUUGAUGAAGAUUGGCCUCUUGAGGUAUAUGACCGACACGACCGAGCCGUUAACAUUACCAUGCAACCAGGUGACCUUGUCCUGUAUGAAUCCGGAUCCUUAAUGCAUGGUCGUCCUUUUCCUUUGAAAGGUCGGUUCUAUGCAAAUAUCUUCAUCCAUUUCGAACCGACCGGACGAAAGUUAGGCGACACGUCUUUGGAAUAUUUGGACGAACUCGACGACAUCCUCCCUCCCUACCUUCUUGCCGGUUCUCCCGAAAGCGACAACUGGGCAAGGAAGAAUCCACAUGGAUGGAGCAAGCCAUUGCCGUCUGCUCCAAUUCAGCAAAUAACUUCCCCGGAGGGUCAUCGCGCUGCGGCUAUUGGAGACCUUGCUCGAUUGUCUAAGCUUGCACAAACAAACCGCAGGGCACUGCAUGCCAAGGAUGAGAAUGGAUGGCAGCCUCUCCACGAAGCUGUACGAGCCGAUAACAAGGAGGCUGUUGAGCUUUUGAUUAAGCAUGGUGCCAACAAAGAUGCUCGGGUCGGAAAGAAAGGGGAAGGCGCUAGCGCGUUGAACCUAGCUUUAGAUUUUCUGAGCGUUGGGGCGGAUACUGUCAACUACUUGAUGAGCAUUGGCGCCCAAAACAUUGAACCUGACCUUUAAAAGGUGUUCUUGCCGAUCCGACAAUAGCUUCUGCCAUGGCCGCCGGAAUUACGAGUUGACCGAGACUGAAUUCUAACUGUAAGUGAGGAUCAAGCAGAACUCUAUUGAUGAAAAUAAUUGAAAUGUGAAUAGCUCCCUGUGAGUAGGUUAUAGAUGGCCUUAUAGUUUGUAUUGUAGGCUUUGUUUAGUCUGUCACGAGGAUGUUUCCAAGAAGAUUUUUUUGGCAGAUACCAAGAACUCUGGAUAAUAACAGUAGGA